CUCCCUUUCCCUCUCCCUUCCCUCUCCCUCUCCCUCUCUUUUCCACUCCCUUUCCCUUUCCCUCUCCCUUGGCCACCUCCCUCGCGUGCUUUCUGCACACCAACAAAUGCACAUGGGAAAUGUGGGCGAGGUGGUGUUUCGCGUCUUUGCUGACGUGCUCCUUUCUGACAUGCACCCAGACGUGCAUGCUGAUUAGCUUGAGGGCAGCAGCUCAUGGAUGCCGGAAGAGUGUACUUUGAAGAUGGGACGGGCUUGGACAUCAGCAAGUCCAUGUCAUUCAAGAAUUUGGACAGGCAGGGAAAAGCAACGCGCUGUCUGCAAGGAUCCUCCACUGGCGCUUUCCAAUGUGGCGAGUACAACAACCCCAAAGCACAUGCCGGCUUGCGGUUGAUGCAGGAGGAGCAGAGGUUGAUGACUCAGAAGGAUCCUGUGGCUGAAAUCUUGCACUACAAAACCUCGGGCUUUGCUUGGGCGCUGAUUGCAAUUGCUACCCACUUCGCAUUCAACCUGCUGUGUGUCGCAGGUGGAGUUUUGUGCACUCAUUGA